AUGAUUCCUCGACUUGCCCUCCGCACGCCGCUACGGACGGCUCACGCAUCCUUGCGACGUUCCUCCCAGCGAUUUGCAUUCCUGCCACCCACUCUCGUCUCGCAACGGCUCCCCAUCAAGCCAUCCUCGCCCUUCCUUCUCCCGCUGCGAUUCGCCUCGACCACUCCAUCUCCUUCGGCCGAAACGGUUCCUGCGCAAAUAGCGAAACCUCCAUCGCCUCAGUUCCCCAUCCCGUCUUGGGCGGAGAAGCUGCCGAAGAGCUUGAGAUGGACGCACCCGUAUCUCAGUCUUGCGAGGAUGGACAAGCCUAUCGGGACGUGGCUGCUCUACUGGCCUUGCGCUUGGGGGAUAACGAUGGCGGCCUACUCUUCAGCGCUUCCGGUGUCGAGCUGGGCUUGGAAUCUUGCGCUCUUCGGAACGGGAGCAAUCGUUAUGCGAGGAGCAGGGUGCACGAUCAACGACCUAUGGGACCGGAACAUCGACAAGAAAGUUGACCGAACAAAGAUGCGGCCGAUCGCGUCUGGAGAGGUCAAGCCUAUACAGGCGAUAACAUUCCUCGGCGGCCAGUUGAGCGUCGGACUCGCCAUCCUCACGCAGCUAAAUUGGUACAGCAUCGGUCUCGGCGCUUCAUCGCUCUCGCUCGUCGUCCUAUACCCGCUCAUGAAGAGGAUAACCUACUGGCCGCAGUUUGUUCUCGGCAUGGCUUUCAACUGGGGCGCCUUGCUCGGCUCUUCAGCGGUUCUUGGCGUCUGCGACUGGCAGGUUGCGCUUCCGCUGUACGCCGGCAGCAUCGCCUGGACGAUCGUCUACGAUACCAUCUACGCGCAUCAGGACAAGGUGGACGACGUCAAGGCGGGCGUCAAGUCCACCGCUCUCCUCUUCGCCGAACGCUCGCGACCCAUCCUCACCGCCUUCUCCGCCUCGUUCAUCUCGCUCCUUGCGCUUUCCGGCUACCUGAACGCUCAAGGUCCCGCUUUCUACGCCUUGUCGGUCGGUGGAGCGGCAGCACACCUCGCGUGGCAGCUGAGGAACGCGGAUUUGGACAGCAGGGAGAGUUGCUGGGAGAUGUUCAAGAGCAAUCGGGAUCUCGGGGCUAUCGUAUGGAGCGGGAUGGCUAUCGACUACGCGCUCAAGCUGAGCGGCGUGAUGUAG